AUGUGGGCUAUCGGACCAUCGGGUUUACAGUUGUCCACAAAACCAUUUAAACGAGUAGCGAGGGCACCUGAUGGCGGUGUGCCCAUGAAAAAACAGCAGCCAUCAUCGUCAGCGUGUCCAGUUAUUAUCAAAGUUCGCAUCAAUAACACGCCGCAAACAGCCAUUGUCGACACGGGCGCUGCCACAACAAUUAUCCAUCAGAACGUCUUAAAACACUUACGACAUCAUAAAAUGCAGAAAAGUGCGAACACAUUCAUGACAGCUACAAAUACUGCGUUCCAUACAACCGGUACAGUUGAUCUCAUUGUCGACAUAGGUUCUUUUCGCACCUAUGUAACUGCUGAAGUCUCAACAAAUUUGGUUACCAAUGUACUAUUAGGAAAUGACUGGAUACAGAAGAAUAAAAUAAAUACCGACGGUGCUGAUCGAAGAGUUUUUGUUAAAGGAACAUCAAUUUCACUUAAGUUCGAAGAUCCUGAACACAUUCAGUAUCCAGUUUUAUUAAUUAAUCAAGCGAUUAUUCGACCAGGCGAAGAAAAACUCAUCGACGUGGGUGUGCAAGUUGAAAAAUCUGACAAUAUGAUAUUCAAACCAUCCCACAAAUUUCAGGGAAUAAAACAUCUGUAUGCAACUAGCAGACUGUUAGCAGUAAAACAUUUUUCAACAAAAGUGUUAGUGAUGAAUGCUGAUGAUCGACCGCAUAUGUUAUCACGAAACACAGUCAUUGGAAGAAUAUCGUAUCUUACUCCUUCUACUAUUUGUACCAUUUUACCGAAACUGGCGCCAAUAAACACGGAAAACACCAGCACACAUUCUACCACGAACAAUCGUUGUCGACAGUGUUAUCAAAAGUUUUCAUCGCGGAGUCAACUACAUAUUCAUCUUCAAGAGAAUUGUCAUUCACAAGAAAUCAGGGACGAAAUUGAACAAUUGACCUCAUAUCUCAACACACAUCAAGUCAAACAAGUUCAGAAGACCAUGUGGCGAUAUGGAAAAAUUGUUUGA